AUGGUGGUGGAGCGGACGCUUUUCGGGCAACUGCUUCCUGCAUACGCGGUGGCCCAUGGGUCGCGUUUCCGCGUGAAGGACCUGUCUUUGGUCCUCAACGCCUAUGCCAAGGCCCAGCUGCGGAGCACCGCCGUGUUUGAUGCCCUGGCCCAGCGCUGCAAGGAGCAAGCAAAACACAUGGACUGCCAGGCCAUGAGCGUCAUCGCGGCAGCCCAUGCAAAGCUGUGGAUCGCCGACGAGCCGCUUUUCCAGGUUCUGGCCUGGAGACUGCGCAGCUGCGCGCGCACCUGCACCUUUCAGGCUGCGGCCAACUUGGCCCACGCCUUCGCCAAGUUCGGCUUCACGGGCCCUGCGAUGGGCCAGGAAGCCCUGGCGCAGGCGGUUGUGGGGAAGAAGGUGCCUGAACUCAGUUUUUCGGUGUUCUGUCAGGCACCUGAGUCGAGCCGAGCAGCGGUGCCCGUCACAGACGUCGUCUUCGACGCUGUCGCGGAGGAGUUGCCCAGGCUGCUUGCAGACCCACCCAAUGCACACAGCACGGUGCUGCUGUGUCACGCCGUGGCCCGGGCAGGCCAGCAACGGCGCCACCCCACGCUGCCCGCUGCGCUGGCGGCAGCCGUGGCCGAGCUUCCGGCGGAGGAGCUACAGCUGGGGAUGCUGGCCGUGGCCUUCGCGGAGCUCUGGCCACGGCCCCGUGCCAAAGGCCACAGCGACGCGGGCCAGGCACAGGAGGACUUCUGGUCCUGGCUGGCCGGUGCCGCCGCAGAGCGCACGGCCCAGCUGCUGCCUGGGGAUGCAGCAAACUGUGCUGUGGCCUUCGCAGCCGCAGCACUACCCCCUGAAGCCGUUGCAGCGAUGCGACUGGCACACCACUGCGAGGCGCCCGAGCUUUCCCCAAGCGUGGCAUCGGCUCUCCUGGCGGCGCAUGCCGUGGCGGGCGUCACCGCCCGGACGGUGUUGCGAGCGAUCGAAGCGCGCUUCGACGAACUGCUGUGGCAAGCUACUGACAGUGUGGCCUGCCGUCUCGCCCUGGCAUCGUGGCUCUGUGGAGGGCGCGUGGACCGGUCGUUGCGAAAGCCAGUGGCCAGCCACGUCCUCCGGGCAUCCAACCAGAAGGAGGACGACGCAGACGAGGAUUUGGCGCUGCUUGCAACAUGUCAGGGCGCGGCGGCCCUGGUUGCUCCGGACCUUCGCCGGGCAGAGUCGCAAAGCCUUGCAGGCGUGGAGGAGAUCCACGGCCGGUCAUGGGUGGAGGUGUCGAGACAGCUGCAGAACAGCACUGUGGUUCGACUGCACGACCGGCGCGAUGAGGCGCUGGCGCAGGCGACGAAGCGCCUGGCCUCGCGCCUCGCCAGGUUGCGGCCGAAGCUGAGCCGCAUUCUCAAGCAGCUGGUGGAGGCGGCGCCGCCUCCAUUGUCCACACCACCAACUGAAGGUCGACUGCAGCCUCCAAGGCGUGCCGGACUGUCCUCGCUCCUACUGCCCAGUGCGGGCGCGCGACUACCUGAACCAGAGCAGGAGCAUGAAGACACUGCCGCGGCCGCCGCUCAACGCUUGGACCGAGCCCUACACAGGUAUGGGCUCGCGCCCAGCACAUGCCCGCUUGCCGAUGCGGCUGCCAUGCUCGACGUCGGCAGCGUGCAGGUGCCGGUGGCCUUUGUUGUGGACGACGCAGCCAGCUACAUGCACCCUGCCGAUGGAGACGAAGGCUCAUUGGAGGAGCUCCAGCCGGAUGCCGUCCUGCGAGCACCGCUGCUGGCAGAUGCUGGGUGGCUGGUGGUUCGCAUGCGCGCCGGAGACUUGCCCCACCUUCUCCACCAUGGACGCAGGCCCGCGGAAGGCAGCUCCACAGGGAUCUCAGCGCCCAUCCCUGUGCCGGUGCAGCCGAGGAAAGCCGCCCAGGCAGCCGCCAGUCCUUUCUUCGGCCUCCUCCGCGACGCGGCCCGCAAGUUUCGUCCGCGGCGAAGUCCUUUGGAGGAGGAGUCCUGA